UGGGUGGCGCUCUCAGCCCGUUUCCAGUCCGCCGGAAAUGAAACCAACGUGGACUGGGACGUCAUCUCUGUGCGACGCGUGAGGCUCACGAUUUCAACAUGGCGGAAGCUGAACCAAAGAAGGUGAUCAAGCUAGUACCCGAGUAUCUCUUGAAGAAGAGGAAAGCGUACCAGGCCAUCAAAGCCACGCAAGCCAAGCUCGCACUGCUUGAUAAGAGAAAGACAUUUAAAGGCAAACCGCUGAAGUUCAAGCGUUUGGAGGAAUUCUUAAAACAAAGCCACAGGAGCCACGGGGAUGACACGCGCAUCGAGAGAUUACGUCACAGGCCGCCGGCCCCUCUGCCUCCUGCCAAGAGCAAGCUGGCCUUCGCUGUCCGCAUCAGAGAGAUUAAAGGUGUCAGCCCCAAAGUGAUGAAGGUGGUCCAGAUGCUGAGACUUAGGAAGAUUUUCAGUGGGGCCUUUGUCCGAAUAAACAAGACUUCCAUGACCAUGAUGAAGAUAGUGGAGCCCUACGUGGCCUGGGGAUUUCCCAACCUGAAGUCCGUCCGUGAGCUCAUUCUGAAGAGGGGACAGACCAGGGUCGGCAGGAGGAGGGUCCCCCUCACGGACAACACCUUCAUCGAGCAGCACAUGGGUAAACACGGCAUCAUCUGCCUGGAGGACCUCAUACACGAGAUCUACUCUGUCGGCAAGGGCUUCCAGGCCGCCAACAACUUCCUGUUGCCCUUCAGGCUGUCAGUGGCACGCCACGCCGCCAAGGACAAGGCCGGGCUCCUGAAGGACCUGGGGAACCCGGGAUUCCGCAGCACGGACAUUAACUCCAUCAUCCGGCUGCUGAACUGAGGGGGGGGGCAAGCAAGGACGGACACUAUGAGGCUUUUUCCAUGAUGUCUUUGUCAGAGAGGAAUACAUCUUUACAACCAUUGUGGUUACAAGCUGUGAGCAGAAGGACUCAAAAAUAAAAAUGUAGUUGCCAUGACUACAGAGUAAGGGAAGCUGUUUGAUAUUUUGAAUUCUUUUGAGAGGUUAAACCUUUUCUCCAAAAAGUGACCAUUUGUACAGCGGUUGUAAUUCAAGGGUGUGAGCAGGUGAAAGUGUAAAUGUACAUUUCUGUGGGUUCUGUAUGAUUCCUCAGUUUGUCAGAGGAGCGGAUCAACACGUUGCUGCGUACAUUAGGACAGUAAAAUAAUUCAUCCACUACUUUAGUAGUAGUCAGUGUUUAAAAUCAUAGAUCUAUGAUCAAUUGUUCAAGUUUUUACAAUUAAAAAAAGGAUAAAGUACAAAUACAGCA